AUGUCGAAAGAAAAAUACUCUGAUUAUUUCGAUGAAUAUCCUGCUGAUAGUUGGUCCUACUCAAGCUUUAUACGCUACGUUUUUAACAAAAGGUUGCUUCCAUCUAACCCUAUAAGAGUUUAUAACCAUCAGUACAAGAAGUGUUUAGAAGUGAUCGAACAAAAAUACAGCCCUUUAACAAGGGAAAACUCGAAGGCAACCUUAUUAAAGAAUUCGUUUAAGCAUAACUUGGCUUUGAGUCAGGUCAAUACUAAACAGGGUGCUAUACGCUCCACCUUGGGUUUCCUUGGCAUGUUGUCAUCUGUUCUUGACAAAAAAAUGGAAGAAGAAUGGUUAUCCAGUCUUAAUAAUUUAGCCAAAAAUGAAGAAACCGAAGAGUUCGAAUAUCAUGCGUCGCUAAACAAAAAUGUAAGGGAGGAGAAGAUAAUAUAUUCCAACCACCUGCUAGAAUCACGUAAAUCCAAGCACAAAAUCAACAUAGAGGAAGAGACGAGAACCACCUCAACUGAUCCGAUAAUAGAUACAAAAGACGAAGACGAAGACGUAUUUAAUCAACCGCCAUCGAAAAGAGUCAAGAAUAAUGAUCCCGAAAAACAACGAACUCCAAAACGACAAAAAUAUCUUCCAGAAACUAGUGGAGAGAUCUGUAACAAAAGUAUUAAAGAAUCGGAAAGCAAUUCACCAAAUCACGACGAGUUUGAUACAUCUGAUACAGUUGACGAUAACGAUGACGACUCUGAAUAUGUUGAAUCUUCGUCCUGUGAAGAAACAAAGGUUACAAAGUCAGCUCGUAAGUUGAAUAGUGACGAAGAAAGUAUUAAAGAACCAGAGAGCAAUUCACCACUUCACGACGAGUUUGUGAAAGAGAUAUAUAAUACCGAAGAAGAUUAUUCUGAUGAAUCCGUUAAUGACAAUAAUGACGAUGACCCUAAUGACCCUUAUUAUGUUUAUAGCCCGUCUUCAUCCUAUGAAGAAACAAAUGUCACAAAGUCAGCUCGUAAGUUGAAUAGCGACGAAGAAACACCAUCUGUAUCGCCAGCCAAACGGAACAAAUUAAAUGAAGAUACAAUUCUAGAUGUUGUAUCUGAUUUAAAUGAGAAUGCGAGUUUUAAUUACGGACUCAGAAAUUAUGAAGAGGGAAUAAUUAUUGAUCCUGAAUUGCCUGAAUUGGCCCUUCAAGAAACGGAUGAGGAAUCAGUACCAGCAUCUGAGCGCCUCUUUGAUAAGGAUACUUGGAAAAAAUGGAAACUAGAAUCUGGUACAAUCGUGGCUGACCUUUUGGAUCGAUUUGCCCGUAAAAAAGGACAUCCUCUUAGACCUGAAGCUUGGAGAAUCGUUCGGUGUGGUUAUAAAAUUGCGAAACCGAAAUGGUGUAGCAGUGAAGAUUAUUUGGAAAUUCAAAGAUAUACAAGACGUGCAACUAUUUCUAAUCGUACUGAAACGAUAUCUAGGUUUCAAAGACAAAAGUCACUUGAAUCCUUAGGACAAAGCAUAGAGGAAAUUCGACUUCUGAAUAAUAUUCAUAAAACAAUUAAAGAUGAAGCUGUUAGAAAACUUCUCUUGGAGGAGCUCAAAAUAACUUGC